GGUCGACGUGUGCCAGGCGACUGUACCGUUGUAGGCGACGUGUAAAGAGAAAGGGGGCGAAGUUGAGCAGUUCGGACCUCGUCAGGAUCCGCCGUGUCCAAAUCAGCAUCUCGCCCCUAACUGGCAAGGACCGUCACAGGAGGCGAACUGGAAGAAGCGAGACUCGACGACAACACAGCCGGAGGAUCUGUCCACUAUGGCAAUCAAAUUUUUAGAAGUCAUCAAACCAUUUUGUAGCAUACUUCCGGAGAUUGCAAAGCCGGAACGCAAGAUACAAUUUAGGGAAAAAGUUCUAUGGACUGCUAUUACACUUUUUAUAUUUUUAGUAUGCUGUCAAAUUCCACUUUUUGGCAUAAUGAGCUCAGACUCAGCGGAUCCUUUCUACUGGAUCCGUGUCAUCCUCGCCUCGAACAGAGGAACGCUCAUGGAACUGGGAAUUUCGCCAAUCGUCACUUCGGGACUGAUCAUGCAGCUCCUCGCUGGCGCUAAGAUCAUAGAAGUCGGCGACACACCCAAGGAUCGUGCUUUGUUCAAUGGAGCGCAAAAAUUGUUCGGCAUGGUGAUAACAGUCGGUCAGGCUAUCGUGUAUGUCAUGACAGGGAUGUACGGCGACCCGUCUGAAAUCGGAGCUGGUAUUUGCCUACUCAUCAUCUUGCAACUGUUCGUAGCAGGUCUCAUCGUCCUACUUCUUGAUGAACUGCUUCAAAAAGGUUAUGGUCUUGGCUCAGGAAUCUCGCUCUUUAUCGCAACGAAUAUCUGUGAAACCAUCGUCUGGAAGGCGUUCAGCCCUGCUACAGUCAACACUGGAAGAGGCACUGAAUUUGAAGGCGCUGUGAUUGCGCUUUUCCAUCUCUUAGCGACAAGACAAGACAAAGUCAGGGCUCUAAGAGAAGCUUUCUACAGGCAGAAUCUUCCCAAUUUGAUGAACCUUUUGGCCACUAUCCUCGUAUUUGCUAUUGUCAUAUACUUCCAGGGAUUCAGAGUAGACCUUCCCAUCAAAUCAGCCCGCUACCGUGGACAAUACAGCAGCUAUCCCAUCAAGCUUUUCUACACUUCGAAUAUUCCAAUUAUCCUUCAAUCAGCAUUGGUCUCCAAUCUUUACGUCAUUUCUCAAAUGUUGGCAGUGAAAUUCCAUGGGAACGUUUUUGUGAAUCUAUUGGGUGUUUGGGCCGACGUGGGCGGGAGCGGACCUGCGAGAGCGUAUCCUGUCGGAGGGUUGUGUUAUUAUUUAUCACCCCCUGAAAAUCUAGGACAUAUCCUCGAAGAUCCGAUCCAUGCCGCUUUGUACAUUAUCUUCAUGCUCGGCUCUUGUGCCUUCUUUUCAAAAACUUGGAUUGAUGUUUCCGGCUCAUCGGCUAAAGACGUUGCAAAACAACUAAAGGAACAACAGAUGGUCAUGAGAGGGCACAGAGACAACUCAAUGAUUCACGAGCUCAAUAGAUACAUUCCUACAGCUGCAGCCUUCGGCGGGCUUUGCAUCGGCGCUCUCUCGGUUCUCGCCGAUUUCAUGGGUGCAAUUGGUUCCGGAACAGGUAUCCUCUUGGCCGUCACCAUCAUCUACCAAUACUUUGAAAUAUUCGUCAAGGAACAGAGCGAGAUGGGCGGAAUGAGCACACUCCUCUUCUAAGCGCAUAAGAGUGAUCGUGGGGACUUAUUUUGCAUUUAGAAGGUGUGUGCUUCUUGUAAGAUCCAGCUGUCACCAAAUCGUUAUUCAAGACGAAACACCUUCUUCUAAAAAGUGCAAUUUAGAUUGUUUGAAAAAAAUUUAAGUUGUACAAAUAUUUAUUUAUGAAAUAAUUGUAUAUAGGUUUGUUUCCAAUGCUCUUUUUUUCCUGUUUCUAUACUGUUCUUUCUGCAUUAAUCGAUUCAAAUCUUAUUAAUUGGGGACUAAGGGAAAUUGUAUUUUUCUAUAGCUAGUACAAUCGACUAUUCUUAAAUGAAACUUUUUCAUGCGAUUAACAAAAAAUAAACGAUUUGUUGUUUUUAUAUA